AUGGUAUCUAGUGAAGCGGCCACAGAGCAAAAUCAAAGCACUGAUACAAAGGAAUCCGUCGAGAACUUUGCUCAAGCCCGUUCUCAGCACUGUGUCGAUCCAGACCGCUUCCCUCUGUCUAGAAAAGAAAUAUUGCACGUUCUCCGCGUUAACCAAGAGGGGAACCACCACCUGCACAUUAGCACAUACUGCGCCGGUAAGAAAUGGCUUCUGUCCUCACGCAUGCACCAACCCGUCGACCUAGACCACGCAUCCACGCUUCACCAUGAGGAUGCUGGCAAUGCCUGCAACCGCACUGCCGCUGUCUAUCUGCUCCGUGACGAAUGGUGCCCGCGUGCCCGCUCCACUGAGCAGCCUCAGGGGGAAGAAGAGACUUCUUUCAUUGCGGCCGAGCUGUUCCGGUAUACGUAUCACCGCUGGUUCCGUCCUUACAAGAGCGAGGUUGAUCUUGGUCAGUUUCUCACAAAGGUCAAUGUGCCACCCACCGCCACCGACCUCCCUGUGAAGACAUGCUCCUUGGCCAUGGUUGAGCGGCUCAAGCGCUCACACACCAACUUUUGUGAGAGAGUCCGCGACGUCAUAGACAACGAGACACUUUGUGAGGAGGUGCCGGAUUUAUUUGGGGGCCACAAAUGGCGUCGCCACAUGCGGCCGUUUUGGUAUAUACAGCCCGUCUUUGAGGCUGUCAUCGUGGCUGUCCGGAUGGGCGAGUUCGACUUUGCGACAACCGACAUUGCCGAUAUGCGGACCCUUAUCGUCGCCACUGGGAAAGAGGCCAAGAGCGGCCCCAUCGAUCUGUCGCUCAUCGACGCAGCGGAUCGGCUCGAUUCCGUGUUUGAUAACGGUCGGCUGGUCGCGGUCGAGUCACGGCUUGAGGUCAUCCUCUCGUUUCUCCUCGACCUCGAGCAGCGCGAGCAUGCACUGGGCAUGCAACCCGCCCCGGCCAACCUACCAGUCUGUGACAUGGACCACAGAGUGGCUAUGGCGAUGAAGAAUCUUGGCUGGGACCCUGCUGAGCCGCUCCACGGACCCAGCUCCGCAUGGGUAGACACAGAUCAACAUUCUACCUGGACGGUAGGCACGAACAAAGACUGGGGGCUCAUCGAUAGCGCGGUGGAGUGCUGGGCGUACCAAUGCUAUCGGCUUCGUCGGCGGGCCGAGGGAGAGAGGAAGAGAUGGCUUAAGUAUCAAGAGCAAGAGACAAGUGAGAUGGCACAGACAUCAAAGAAUGUAAACAACGAGCGAUGA